CUUUUUUUCUUGCACGUCCUUCCAAACAGCAACAACAAAACCAACACCCGUUUCCUUCAUAAAGCGUUGAUAUUUAUCUUUUCCAUUUACUAUUUUCGUUACUCUCAGCAUUUCACGACUGUUACUCGAUAAUUCUUCGCAACAAUGUCACGAAUCAACCUUCCCUCCAACCAGAUCAAGCUCACAAACGUCUCGCUCGUGCGCCUGAAAAAGGGCAAGAAGCGCUUCGAAAUCGCUUGCUACAAGAACAAAGUCCUCGAAUGGCGUUCCGGCAUCGAGACGGACCUCGACAACGUCCUCCAGAUCCCAAACGUAUUCCUCAACGUCUCCAAGGGCCAGACUGCGCCCAAGGAGGAUCUCGAAAAGGCGUUUGGCAAGGGCAAGAGCACCGACGAAAUCGUCCUCGAGAUCCUGAAAAAAGGAGAACUACAAGUUGGCGACAAAGAGCGGGCGGCGCAGCUAGAAAGGGUGCAUAAUGAGGUCAUCAGCAUCGUGGUCAGUAAGCUGGUCGAUCCGCGGACGAAGAGAGUGUACACUCCCGGCAUGAUCGAAAAGGCCCUCGAUAUGCUGAGCUCGCAGGCGCACAGCGGAGAAAAGACGACGGAUUCGGGAACUGCAACGCCCACGACGGCAGAGGCUGGCGAGGCCAAGCCUAAGACUAGGGAGCACACCUGGACGGGCGUUGUCACCACCAAGAGCGCAAAGAGUCAGGCCCUGGAUGCCAUGAAGGCACUCAUCGCAUAUCAGCCCAUUCCCGUCGCGCGAGCUCGGAUGAAGCUCCGAGUUUCAUGCUCUACCAAUGUUCUCAAGCAGGCAGUCAAAGCGCCUAAAGCCGCCGCAAAGGAGGAGGAUGGCGAAGCAAAAGCAGCCGGCACCGUCAAAGACCGGAUUUUGAGCUACGUGGAGCAGGUUGAGAGUCAGGACGUCAUGGGCUCGGAAUGGGAAGUUGUGGGCUUUGUUGAGCCGGGCGCUUUCAAGGCUCUGUCUGAUUUUAUUGGCAACGAGACCAAGGGCCAAGGCAGAGUCGAGGUUUUGGAUAUGGCGGUUACACAUGAGGAUUAAAGCACAGAAAUCAGAUAGGAACCAAAAAAAGGAAUAAAAUGAUACCCUCUGGCAACUUGACUGCAACUUGACUUUCGGAAGGGUGA